UGUCGUACAAAUAAAAAUUUACAAAAUGUAUUACAAAUAUAAAAAUAUCAUAAUUUGUACAUGAAAACAAAAUGAAAAAUGCGAAAAUUUGUAACGCUAAUUCAGCGUCUGAUAGACUUCACUGAUAUUGAGCAGUUUCCCAGUGAUGCCAUACAAAACUUGAGGCAGGCAGUACUUGCCCCCGCGAUCUACAGGCCCCAUAUACCACAAGCGUUAGAGAGCAUUAAUUUCAGAUUUCAUAGAACUUGUAGCUACACCAAUAUACUACGGGAAUGUAAUGCUUGCGAAAGCGAAACACUGCUGAUGUUCUGGGGCUGCGAACGAUCAGAUAGUAGGCUCACUAUAAAUAUGACGUCAUCAAGUUGUUCAUCCAUACAUAUGCCGCCAAGUGGGAAUACCCAGCGGGAGAAGGAAUUGCGUACCAUCGGCCAGCAGACUGAUAUUAGCUGCAGGUCGCUGCCGUCCUCACCUGUGAGCACACCAGAGUCUGAGGAGCAGCGUAUGCUGCGUGCCCGUAUAGCUGACUCCUUGACGUUCUCAUCGCCGGCGUCCUCGCUGCUGCAGCCCGCAGGUCGCUCCAUGUCCAUAUUAGGCUCUGUAUGCGCACUGCUGCUCAACAAACAAGGCUCGUCAAGAGGUGUCGCUCCGAAAGAGGUGUUAAGUUUUAGCGCUAGCAUUCACUCAGACAACAUUUGCCGGAUUUGCUUCGGCGGUGAGUCUGCAGAACGGCUGGUGCGGCCGUGUUCCUGCCGAGGUACCAUCGCUGCCGUUCACCGCUCGUGUUUAGAGCGGUGGCUGCUCCAAGCUGCCACGUCAUACUGCGAGCUGUGUCGGCACCACUACAUCGUCACCAGGAGUCACAAGUGGUCGUGGGUGCGCUCGGUGGCGGAGUGGGCGGUGUCGGGGCGCGGCGCAGCGCUGGCAGCAGACGUAUGGCGCGGGGCAGCGCUGGGCGCAGCCAGCGUGCUCGGCACUGCACGUGCGCUGCACGCGUGCGACGCCGUGCUGCAGGCCGGAGCACGACGCGGAGGCAGCGCAGCGCUUGCUGCCAACCUGUUCUCUUCAUUGCUCAUCGGAGUAAUUGGUGCUCUCAACGGGCUGCUGACCACAUGGAUGCUGCUCAAGAUACAAGAGCACCAGCUGUCGUGGCAGGCUUGGAGAGAUAGCACCCUCAAUGUACACGUGACUCUCGCUGAGGAGGAGCAGACCCUCACGCCGCGCUCUUCGGACGUGACCAUCGUGGCUGGAGACAGUGAUACCGCAGACCGGAGUACCAACAUAGCUGAUCCUUUUAUGGUGGCACUGCCAUUUAGUUUAACAGAUCCAUGAAGUCAAGGUGGGACGGUUUGUUAAAUUGGAAGAGAGCAGAACAGUUAUUAGAAAGUAAACCAAGGAGAAUACAGAUCAGAUGAAGCAAUUAAGAUGUCCAUAAUCUCUGUGUACCUGGUCGCCAGCACUUGCGCUAUCAUUUUCAUAUUAUUCAUCGUAGUCCUAACACGACAGUUCCAAAAUGGAUAAAGUUACACUUGAAA